GUUUUCUUCGUAGCAGUUGUUUUUAAAAUCGUCUCCGAAAUAAACAAAUUUUAGUCCGUGAAGGAGAGCUUGUUGCUGGGAACGGUGCGGAAAUUUUUGACAGAUGUGUUUGCAUCAAGGAGGUAAUAGCUUAUUAGCGCGUGAUGCGCGCCAAUAUUCGUAAGCCCGCGAAAUCUGAGAAAACGCCGCGGCGCAACAAGCUCGCAGAACAACGAAACAACGCUAUGGAUAUGUUCGUGACGCCGAAACGUCAGAAGAAUGACGAUCUAGAGGUCACGGGUAUCUCCCGCAGUGGCCGUGUGAGAAAGAAAUCUUCCAAACUCGUUGACUUUGAGUCACCAGAUGAUUUUACGGAUAACAAAUACAAACGUCAGAAAGCACAACAAUUACAAAAUCAACAAUUGUUGGACAGAUAUGAAUCCCAAUGUAUAUCACCAAAUCAGUCAAUUCAACAUACAAGUGGUGGAAGGCAAAGGAAGAAUUCGAAUUCUAGCUCUGGACAACAAAGAGUUAAACAAGAGACAUUGUCAGAUGAGGGACAGUCUUCAGGAUCAGAAUCAGAUGAUCCCUCUGGGUUGAACGAGGAUGAGAGAUAUAGUAUGGAUUCUGGAAGUGAUGAUGAUGUAGAUCCUCUUAUGAUAGAUGAUAGAGAAGCAGGGUUUAGAAAACUUGAACCACCUGGCCAAGAAACACCUUCACAAGCGAAUAGUUUGUACAUGCUUGAGAAAUGUAAGAAAAAACUAAUUAUUAAAGAUGGCAAAAUAAUAGGUAGAAUGAAGGCACAGCGUAAAGAUAAAGGGAAAACAAGAUUUACCGCGUAUAUGUUGUGGGCUAAAGAAAUUAGACAAGAAUUACUAGAGCAAUGUCCUUAUAUGGAUUUUGCAGCAAUUUCUAAACGAUUAGGAGAACUAUGGGCUACAGUACCAAAUCUGGAAAAAUAUAACUGGCGCAGACGCGCAAAACGCUUAGCAGCGAAACCUCAUUCUUUACCUGCAAGUAAAGAUGAGCCUGUUUGGAAAAUGCCGCCGCCUGCUUCGCGAAAAAAAUUCAUUAAUAAAAUUGGUAAUGGGAAAGAACAAAAGCCUGCUACUUCCAAAAAAACAAUUCAAUUAGGUCUACCCUCGGUUGUAGGAAAUGUUCCGGUGUCGCCGCCGUCAAAUCGAACUGGGAAAGAUUUGGUUAACGAACCGGUGAUAGGAACAGGAAUGUAUAAAGUCGUCGGUACUCAACCAAUCGACGUAGCUGCUCAUCUCAAGCUUCUUGGUGAAAGUUUAACGAUCAUUGGCGAACGGUUAAAGGAACACGAUGGACAAAUAGCGGUAUCAGGCAGUCUGUCGGUCCUACUGGAUUCCCUGCUUUGCGCACUGGGUCCCUUGAUUUGUCUAACGCAACAGGUACCAGAAAUUAAUGGAGCCAAACAUGAAACACUUUCGCAAAUACUGGACAAUAUUGCAUAUCUUAUGCCUGGUUUGUAAUAUAUAUACAAAGUUUGAGGACGUAAUCGAUUAAUGUACAAUGUAAAUAUAUCGAUGACCUGAAUAUCUAUAAUUACAUUACAUUAAGGAUAAUAAUUAAAUAAUAUAAUAUAGCUUUUCUGUUAAAAAGAGAAAAGAAGUUUAGAUUCAGAUUUUAUUACAUAUAUUUUGUCUGCUUAUAAAAGUAUGAAAUUUUGUAUAAAUAAUAUGUUUGUACAAAAAAUUACAAUAAAUAUUUAAAUAGUUCUGUAACCAACUGUACACGAUAAAUAAGUAAAAUCACUCAUUAAUCUGGUGAGACAGGAGGACACGUACAAAAUAGA